AUGUACAUUGCCGUGGGCUCCAAGAUAUAUGUGGUGGGAGAAAUGUACGGUAGGGAAUUUACAUCGAGUGCAUUAAGCAUCGACUUAGAUCUCACUCGCCACACGGUGCAGCGCAUCUCUAACACUCCUAUGCCCAUGGGAAAUCAUAAGGUCGCUGACAUCAUCGACGGUAAGAUUUACGUAAUCAAUUCUGAGGUAGUCAUGGUCUUGGAUACAGAAACUCAAAUGUGGGAGCCUGAGAUUGAAAAGCCUGACAUAGAGCUAGGCUACUUGUGGACUGGUUCUAUCGUAACGGAGGAUAAGAUUUACAUGAGAAAUUUUGGGAAUCGCUUUGUUUAUGAGCCAAAGGAAAAAAACAAGUUGAGAGCGUAUGAUCCAAAGCAGAGGCGCUGGAGAGUGGUGAAAGGUGUGGAAGAAUUGGUGAGCAAGAAGACUGAUCAUUGGUGGCCCUGGUGGCCGAAGAUGGUGAGUUACGGUGGGAAAUUGGAUAUGUUCUUUGAGAAAUAUCAUGAUGCCGAGAAGGUAACAGUGGAUAUUUGGUGUGCAGAGAUUGCUUUGGAAAGACACCAAGGAGAAGAGAUUUGGGGUAAAGUGGAGUGGUGCGAUAUUGUGAUGGAGGAGCGUUUGGGUUCUGGCAUUGUGAAAUGCUAA